UCUGUAGUUAUUCUGCUGCCGACCCCAAAAAUCAAUAGUUGGACUGUUUCUGAGGCUUUUCAAUCCUGGAAACUGUACAAUUGAAGUGGUUACCCGAAACCUUGGAGGUCUGGGUACAGAACUAUUAAUACAUCAUCUGCAGUCCUACAUAUAUAUGGACUGCAGUAGAUAAGACAGAGCAGGCGCAGUAUAGUUGUUGGAUUUCAAGACUUUGACCCUGUGCAUGUCGCUGACGGCUAACAUGCGAAAGCACUGCACGAUGCCUCACCGGACAGACGGACUCGCUUGUAAAUAUCAACUCAGUGUUCUCAGCACUUUGAUUUUCCAUCACGCUGUUGCAUUCCUUCUCCUGACACACUCUCAUGGAGGUCAGGCUCGGACGACUGGUCAACCUCAGCCAACGCUGGCUACGGUCGGUGAUGACAUCACUUUGCCAUGCCAUGUGACGGCUGCCACGGAUGCCAUUAACCAGAUGCUGGAGUGGUCCAGACCUGACCUGAACCCCAGAUUUGUCCAUGUGAGGCGGUCUAGUGAAGACCGUCUGGUUGAUCAGAAUCCAUCGUACAAGGGUAGAACAUCAGUGUCCAUCGAUGGACUGAAACAGGGAGAUGCUUCACUGACACUGUCCAGAGUGAGAGUCAGCGAUGAGGGAACGUACAGAUGCUUCAUUCCAGAGUUAAAAACACAAGCUGAUGUUCAGCUUGUUGUUGUAUCAAGCACUGUCAUCAAGAUGACCAAAGUGAGCAGUGGAGUGUUACAGUGUGAGUCCAGAGGCUGGUAUCCAGAGCCGGAGGUGUUGUGGCUGGACGCUGAGGGAAACCUCCUCUCUGCUGGACCUACAGAGACAGUCAGAGGUCCUGAUGACCUCUAUACUGUCAGCAGCAGAGUGACUGUGGAGAAGAGACACAGCAACAGCUUCACCUGUAGAGUCCAACAGAAGAACACCAACCAGACCAGAGAGACACACAUCACUGUUCCAGAUGAUUUCUUUUCAGGCUCGUCUGGUUCUAGGUUGAGUUCCUCUGCUUCUACCGUCAUUGGUUUGUUUGUUGGCUUCAUGUUUGCUCUUGCGGUUGCCUUCUUUGUGUGGAAAUGGAGACAAAACAAAAUCAAGAACAAGAGGCACCAUGAUGAUGAAGAAACAAAGAGAGGAGGAGAGAAGAAGAGCGAAUCCAUUAAUAAUUCAGAACAGGAGCUCCUGAUAGAAAGAGAAUCAGACAACAGAGAGCUUCCCACAGAAGAAAGAGAGGCCAAGGGCAAUCAGGACAAUGACGAGAAACAUCACAUUGAUUGUUUAAGCAAAGUAACAGGAUGUUCAUGUCAAAACACGGAGGAAACACUCCAGGAGAAGGCAGGAGGAGACACUAACGAUAUUCUCACAGACCUUAAAAAGGACAGGACUGAAGGAGAGACAAUGAAGGAUUUGGACGAGACAGAGAAAGAGACUAAAUCAAUGAAUGAAGAAACACCGACCCCAGGGCCAGCGGAGAAAGAUACACCGCAGAAACCAGAGGACACAAAUACUGAAACAGGAGCUCCAGGUCAGAUGGACAGAGAUGGACAACAACAGCUGUUCGGGGAAGGAAGAGGAAUUAAACCUGGAGGUCAGGGUCCAACUGAUGGAGAAAAGAAUAGUUUGGACCAGACAGGAGGACUGACAGAGAAGAAUAAAACCACUCAUCUACAACAUCUAGUGGAUGGUAAAACCAAUCAGCUGCCUGAAGAACUGAAUGAUUUGAACAAGAAAGACGAAGACAAGGACACAGAAUCUAUAAUUAAUGAACGAACUGGUCAGGAUGUAACACAAAAAGAUGAACUCGAGAAAGGAGGAGGAAGAAAAGCAGUAGAUCAGGGUUCAACUGAUGGAGAAAACAAGGAUUUGGACCAGAACGGGAAGAAGACAGAGAAGAAUGAUGCCACUCCAUUACCAACAGAGAAAGAAGGACAACAUCUAGUGGAUGGUAAAACCAAUCAGCUGCCUGAAGAACUGAAUGAUUUGAACAAGAAAGACGAAGACAAGGAAACAGAAUCAAAUAAAAAACUAGCAGGUCAGGAUGUAAGAGAUGGAGAUACACAAAAAUAUGAUGUACCAUCAGAGAAAAAAGGACAACAUGAGGAGAAUGGAGAGAGGAGAGAUGGAGCUCUGUCUCUCACAGAUGGUAAAACCAGUCAGCUCUCUGAAGAAUUGAAUGAUUUGAACAAGAAAGAUGGGGUCGGGGAAACAGAAUCUACAAUCAACGAACAAGCAGGUGAUAACCCAAGAGAGAGAGAAACACAAAGAGAUGCUGUCCAGGAAGGAGGAGGAAGAAAAGCAGUAGAUCAGGGUCCAACUGAUGGAGAAAACAAGGAUUUGGACCAGAACGGGGAAAAGACAGAGAAGAAUGAUGCCACUCCAUUACCAACAGAGAAAGAAGGACAACAUCUAGUGGAUGGUAAAACCAAUCAGCUGCCUGAAGAACUGAAUGAUUUGAACAAGAAAGACAAAGACAAGGAAACAGAAUCUAUAAUUAAUGAACGAACUGGUCAGGAUGUAAGAGAUGGAGUUACACAAAAAGAUGAACUCGAGAAAGGAGGAGGAAGAAAAGCAGUAGAUCAGGGUCCAACUGAUGGAGAAAACAAGGAUUUGGACCAGAACGGGGAAAAGACAGAGAAGAAUGAUAGCAGAGAUGAAGCUCGAGACAAUGAAGAAACCGAUCAGGUCCCUAAAGUACUGAAUGAUAUGAAGAAGAAAUAUGAAGACGCUAAAGAAGAAUCUACAAUCAACACACCAGCAGGUAAGAAUGCAAGAGAGGGAGAAACACAAAGAGAUAAAAUCCAGCCAAGAGGAGAGACAGACACUGAGGAAGACAACAAUGUGGUGAUCAGUGAAACAAAACCUCCAUGUUCACAAAAGACAGAGACAAACACAGAGCAGCCAGAGACGAGUCCCGAAAGCAUAGAUGGACAGAAGGAUAUGACGUCCAUUAAUGAUGAUGGAAGCCAAACAGACAAGCCCACAGCACGUGAAAAGAAAGAUGUGGAGAAAACAGGACUUCCCAGUGAAACAGAGGUAGAAACAAAUGGAACGCAGCCACAGAACCAGGAUGGAAAGAAGGACAUGACAUAUAAAAAAAUGGAUAUAAGACAAAUGGAUAAGCCUUCAGCAGAUGCAGAGAAUGAUGUUGAGAAUGCAGAAGAAGAAAAAGAAACAAAAGCAGAAGAACAGAGAAUGAAAACAGUACUUGCCCGUGAACCAGAGGUAGAAACAAAUGGAACGCAGCCACAGAAGCCGGAUGGAGAGAAGGACAUGUCAUCCAUAAAAGGUGAAAUAAUACAAACAGACAAGCCUUGA